GCAGAAACGCAUCUGGACUGCGUUUCUAUGUUGAGUUGCUGCCAUGUGAUUGGCUGUUACCGAGCCAUUGAACUAUUAUUACUUUCCUGGGGCGUGCUACAGCUCCGUUCAGGGGUGGACUGACAACUCAUGGGGCCCCCGGGCAAUAGGGGAUCAUGGGGCCCCUGUGUCCUCACCCACACUCAAACCACACCCAAAAAAGCCUAUAAAAGGUACCAGGGGCAUUUCAUGGGGCCCCUACUGACCCCGGGCCCUCGGGCAGUGCCCGAGUGCCCGAAUGGUCAGUCCGCCCCU